GGGCCCAUAAACAACCACAGAACCACAAGUGGGGCAGGCUGGCAGAGCCGGGAGACGACGCCGGCACAGUGGUCAGCAGCAGGACGAAUCAGAAGGGUUGCAAACCACAGGGUUUCGCGGGGUGGUGAGCAUCAUCAGCCCACAGCCAAGACACCGCUUUUUUUUUUUUUAAUCUUUAACAAUUUGAAUAUUUGUUUUCGCAAAGGUAAGAAGAAAUCAGCGACUCCCCCGCCUUCAGCAGAGGGUGCAUUCUCGGGAGGAGGCCAUGGCUUCAGACAGCAUAUUUGAGUCAUUUCCUUCGUAUCCACAGUGCCUCAUGAGAGAUGCCAGCACGAGCCGCCGCUUCACGCCGCCUUCCACCGCGCUGAGCCCGGGCAAGAUGAGCGAGGCGCUGCCGCUGGGCGCCCCGGACGCCGGCGCCGCCUUGGCCGGCAAGCUGAGGAGCGGGGACCGCAGCAUGGUGGAGGUGCUGGCCGACCACCCCGGCGAGCUAGUGCGCACCGACAGCCCCAACUUCCUCUGCUCCGUGCUGCCCACGCACUGGCGCUGCAACAAGACUCUGCCCAUCGCUUUCAAGGUGGUGGCUCUGGGGGACGUUCCAGACGGCACUCUGGUCACCGUGAUGGCCGGCAAUGAUGAGAACUACUCAGCGGAGCUGAGAAACGCCACCGCGGCCAUGAAGAACCAAGUGGCGCGAUUCAACGACCUCAGGUUUGUCGGUCGGAGUGGAAGAGGGAAGAGCUUCACUCUGACCAUCACCGUCUUCACAAACCCACCGCAAGUUGCCACUUACCACAGAGCCAUCAAAAUCACCGUGGACGGACCCCGAGAACCUCGAAGACACCGUCAGAAACUAGACGAUCAGACCAAGCCGGGGAGCUUGUCCUUUUCCGAGCGGCUCAGUGAACUGGAGCAGCUGCGGCGUUCGGCCAUGAGGGUCAGCCCACACCACCCAGCCCCCACACCCAACCCUCGGGCCUCCUUGAACCACUCCACUGCCUUUAACCCUCAGCCUCAGAGUCAGAUGCAGGACACCAGGCCGAUCCAGCCCUCCCCGCCGUGGUCCUACGACCAGUCCUACCAGUACCUGGGCUCCAUCACCUCGCCUUCCGUGCACCCGGCCACACCCAUCUCGCCCGGACGGGCCAGCGGCAUGACGACCCUCUCUGCCGAGAUUUCCAGCCGACUCUCAACGGCUCCUGACCUGACGGCCUUCGGCGACCCGCGCCAGUUCCCGGCGCUGCCAGACCCCCGGAUGCACUACCCCGGCGCCUUCACCUACUCCCCGACGCCCGUCACCUCGGGCAUCGGCAUCGGCAUGUCGGCCAUGAGCUCGGCCACGCGCUACCACACGUACCUGCCGCCGCCCUACCCCGGCUCGUCGCAGGCGCAGGGCGGCCCCUUCCAGGCCAGCUCGCCCUCCUACCACCUGUACUACGGCGCCUCGGCCGGCUCCUACCAGUUCUCCAUGGUGGGCGGCGAGCGCUCGCCGCCGCGCAUCCUGCCGCCCUGCACCAACGCCUCCACGGGCUCGGCGCUGCUCAACCCCAGCCUGCCCACGCAGAGCGACGUGGUGGAGGCCGAGGGCAGCCACAGCAACUCGCCCACCAACAUGGCGCCCGCCGCGCGCCUGGAGGAGGCCGUGUGGCGGCCCUACUGAGCGCCCGCCGGGCGCCGGGGCCUCCGGGUGGGACCGGGCGCUGGACCCGCCACCCCACCGGCCUCCCAUCCGCGCCUCCCAGUCUGGCCCUUCGUCCGUCCGUCCGUCCGUCCCAGCACGUGGCCCCGCUGCGGGCAAACAGGAAGAUUCCAGAGGGAAACUGUGAACGCUUCUGAUUUAGAAAUGCUGUGAAUAAAAGAAAGAUUUUAUACCCUGACUUCACUUUUUAACCAAGUUGUUUAUUCCAAAGAAUGGAAUUUUAGUUGGGGAGGGGGGUCGGGGCGGGGAGAGAUGCAACUCAUCCUGUUUGGUGUCGAAUUUUUAAUGUUCCUUUCUAGCACCUUAUAAAUUGCAAAAUGCGUAUUUGCAUUUGGGGUGGUCUUUAUUUUUAUAUAUAUAUAAAUUUGAGCUUGCUUCUUUCUUGCUAUGAUAGUUGAAAAAUACGGUUCUUUUUUUCUUGUAUGUUUUAUUUAACUUUUCUUUUGGACUUUUGUGUAGCUGUUUUUCUUUUUAAGAAACGGCUGCAGCUUUGGGUCAUUUUCAACUACUGUAUUCCCACGAGGAAUCCCUAGAUAUUUAUGUAUCUCGAUGUUUAGACACUUACUUAUGUGUUGAUACUUUUUUUAUUUAAAUGUACUUAUAUUAAGAAGAAAAAUAUUAAGUACUACAUUUUUUGUUUUCGAUAGUAGCCAAAGUUAAAUGUAUCACAUUGAAAAAGGAUGGGUAAUGUGAUCACUUGGUUAUCUAAAUAUUGUUUACAUUAAACUUCCUUUCAAGUUCAUCAAACGAGUUGGUAGCUAAUGCAGCAAUGUUUUGAGUAGGUUGUUCAGCUACCGAGGUCACUCCAAAGAUUUGAAGCACGGAGUUUUCCGCCAGGCUCAGCAAAGUGUCUCCUACCCGGCUCCCUCCCUUCAAGUCUGGUUCCUGAAGGUUCAGCGGAUGGCGGCCGUGGCCCCUCCGGAGAGGAUCUGCUCUCCCGCCUAGGGGUUUGCUCUGUCCCUGGCCUCUUGGUAACUUCAGACAGGCUCUGGCAGAGAACACACCCCAAGUCAACUGCGGAGAAGCAGCAUCCGCCUGGGGACCAGAUGAGUGAAGUUAGGGGUUCCCUAAAGGCUGGGCUCUAGCGUAGGAAAGAGAUCGUCUGAAUUCAGAGUUCAGGUGUUUAGCUCCAAGGAAAGACUCCUCUUCGAGGCAGCGCCCGUUUGUUUACGCAGAAGGGACAGGACGAGACUGGGUGCCUUUGGCGUGGAAGGUCUCCUGCCGAGUUUUCCCAGGGAGGGUCCGGCAGCAGGCCAGAGCGGGCCAGUUUCCCUGUGUGUCAGCAGUCACGUGGGACAGCACCUGUCCCACCUGGGCAGGCCCCAUCCCCCACGGUCUGUGCUGCGUGCACCAGGCCGAGAUCCCACCCUGGGGGGAGGGUGCGCGUUGGCCCGGCGGGAAAAGUACCUGUCCCCGCUGCUGCCAUGGCUACAAUUCAAGCAUAUCCAAUGUCACUGUAAAUUUUAUGGCACUAUUUUUAUUGGAGGAUUUGGUCAGAAUGCAGUUGUUGUGCAACUCGUAAAUACUAACUGCUGAUUUUGACGUGUGCACUCAGAAUGAUCUGGUGGUUAUUUAAUGUACCUCUUAAAUUAGGUGAAAUGAUUUCAGGUCAACUCUGAAGAGUAUUUGAAAGCAGGACUUUAGAACAGUGUUUGAUUUUUUUUAUUUUAUAAAUUUAAGGAUGCAAAUUAGAAAGAUCUUUGGCUGCAGGCAGCGAAACAGCUGAACUUAUUUAAAACAACUUUUUUUUUUAGUUUUCUUCUAUAUCCAGGGGUGGGCGAGGUUCAGAGUCACGGUUGUGAGUACGUGAAACAGAGAGUUUAUUCUUGUAUUAUUAUUUAUUAAUUAUUGUAUUGUUUCCCAUACGAACAACUGCAGACAGGCGCGGCCCGCCCCCGUGUGUAUUCUUUGUUUUACGCAGACGCAGUAGCACUUUGGCGCGAGGGGGGAGGGGCGGGCUGUGCUGUCAGGUCUCGGUUUCCUAGGACGGAGCUGAAGCGGAUCUUGGAGGGGAGUCAGAGUGUGUUCGUGUGCAUUUCAGACAGUCCUUCCUCCACAAUUCAGUUUCGUGUUUCAUUUUGUAUUACCUUUUUUGCAACAGAACUAUCUUUGUCAGUAAUCUAAACACUUUCAUUUCUGCAUUAGAACCCUCAGUCCAUUUACCCCACAUUCAGGUUCAAUGUUCUGUCCAGCCCAUGUUGCCACAUGGGACCCGGCAGAAUGCUGGGGGAGAAGGGGUUGGGAAGGCAGGAAAAACUCGGUUUUUAGUUCAGUUCUGGGGCCCGAAGAUACUCCCAGUCAGCCCAGUGUCCUGCAAGGACAUGGGGUCACCUUUCCAUUGAACCUCCACUCUCACAGCCACGUGUGGGGGAGGCGGUCCCCAUGCUGCGGACCCACCCAGCUCCGAAUGGCUUGGCCAUUCAGCGUGUCACGGACCCUUCCCAGCCUAUGCGGUAUUUCAUUGUUCCGGAAAAAAAAUACAUCCAAGUUGAGUUGUUUUGGAGAUGGGUCUCGCACGCCCCGCACUUUCCCGAGGAACUGCAUUGAGCGCGUCCCGGUAAAGGGAGGCGGCCCUCUCAUCGGGGAGACCCUUACGCCGAUAAGGUAAAACCCAGGCGAUCUGGCGGCGCUGGUCCAGGAGAAGGAAGACGAAAUAGGCCAUCUCUAUUGCCUGUCCAGGCCCUUAUUUAUCAUUAAAACGUGGACAUGUAAUUCAUUUCAGUUUUUUCUUUUUCUCACUGUCUAAGAACACUUCCAAUCCUCUCCCGCUCUGCCCCUCGCGUCUCCUGCCGCCCUUGGUGUAGGGGGACAGCACGCACCCCCGCCCCGCCCCCCGCACCCCCUCAUGGCCUGUCCAGACCUGGAGGAGUGGCUCUCCUCCCUCCCACUGAGGAGCAGGAUGACUCAGCCUUCUCCUGCUGCUGGUUUUCUGCCCCCCGCCCCGCCCCCGGGAGCGGAGGCGUCGCCAGCCACCUCGGAUCUGCCUGCUGUCCUAGCUCAGGGACAGAAGCCUUCCCCAGGCAAGGGGCAGUCAGGGAGCUGGGGCCGGCCGCUGUCCGGGUGCAGAUAAACAAAGGCACGGAUGAGAAAGGAAAGGAACGGUUUCACUCCAACGUCCUGCCAUUUCGGGUUGCAGACUUCUGCCCUGACAUGCCUGUUUCCCUGGGACCUUCGGUCCUGGUGAUUUUCAGUUAACCGGUGGUUUGUUUUUUUCCCCAGGGGGAUGCGUUUGGGGUCUUUUACACAUCAAAAGUCAGUUUAACAAUACUCUCAGAAAACAUUUUUUUAUAUUUGAACAAGUUGCCUUUUUGUUUACCUACAGUAUAUAACUGUUCGGGGUUUUUGUUUGUCUGGGGUUUUUUUUCUUUGGAGUUUUUCCUCUCCCCUUAGCCAGGUCAGUAUUGAUGAGGCUGAUCAUUUGGCUUUUUUUUUUCCUUCCGGAAGAGUUGCAUCACAGAGUUCAUUGUAUUUAUGUGUGUAAAUAGAUUUUAAGCUUCAUUAUAAAAUAUUGUUAAUACCUGUAAUAACUUUUUUCAAUUUUUUGUGUGUUUCUAAGGACUUUUUCUUAUGUUUGCUCAGUACUGUAGACAAAAAAAAAUGCUUCUUUCUACGUUGUUUAUUUUAGACUUUCAAAUGAGCUACUUUUUAUUCACUUUUGUAAUAAUUCCCAUUUUUUUAAUUCACUCUUUGUUUUAGGAAACAUGAAUGUGCAAAAAAAAUGUUGGUUAUUUGUGCUAUUCUGGAUGUAUAAAAAUCAGUGGAAAAAAAAUAAACUUUCGCACUGAAAUGACAGUAGGACACAUCUAUUGAAAAAGUAGCUAUGGCAUAUGCAGCCCCACUUGGCUAGGCCCCGCCUCGUGGCCGCGCGCCCGCGUGGCGGAGACCAGUCCACAGAGUACCCUGGUGACGUGGGUGGUGUCUUUCUCCCGCACUCACGCCUCGUGCGCGCCCUGAAAGGGAACUGCGGGUCUCGCGUUUUAAACCAGAUGGGAUCCGAGAGGACGCCCCGGAAGCCCCUCUCGGAGCUGUUUCUAGAUAGCGCGGGGCGGGGGGCGUGGUUCUCUGUGGUCUGACGGCCGCCUCCCCUCCUGUGGGGGCGCUCACCGUGCCCGGGGCGCGGCGCAGCGGGCCCACUGCCGCCGGGGACUCAUCCGAGCCUUACUUUCUCUGUAUCCCAGUAUCUUCUGUAAAGCCGAUAUUAUGACUAUGAUGGCAAAUAAACAAUUUGCAACUACGCA